UACUAAGCAACAACUAAAACACUUCCCAAAAACUGCCACGUACCCUUUCAAAAGACUCAGACCAAGCUUUGUCCCUUCAACACUGAUCAAACAAAUUUAUUACCCCCAACUAACUCAUGUGAUGUUAAGAAGAAAAUUAAAGAAAAAAAUGAGAUGAAACCCAACACGAAGUUUCAAUUUUAAUUACCAUAAGAUUUUUCCAUCAUGUCUAAACUUGACUUCGUGUUUGCCUUCUUAUCUAAAAUCAUUGUUAAAGAUUUUUGGACCUUUUUGGAUUCCACAAUCCCAUUUAAACCUCAGAUUUUGUCAUCACAAAUCAUCACCAUCAUGUUCCACCUCCAUCAUCACCACCCCCUUCCAAAGUCUUAACUUUUAGAUUCGUUUUCAUUCAUUUUUUGUUUUUUUUUUUUGUUUUGCCCCCACCCUUAAAAACUCUUAAAACAUGUCAAAACUCUAACCCCUCUCCUUCUUUUUUUUUUUUUUUCUUCUUUCUAUUAUAUCAACCACUCUUACACAAACUCGCAUGAUGGACCUAACCAACACCCACAACAACACAAACUCCCAAACCCAACCCAACGGUUCCCUCAAACACCACCACCCCACCGCCGUGUCACGGCCACCUUCCACGGUGGUUUCCUCCUACAAAGAGUGUCUCAAAAACCAUGCAGCCUCCAUCGGCGGCCACGCGCUCGACGGAUGCGGCGAAUUCAUGCCCUCCUCUUCCUCCAACCCCACAGAGCCACGGUCGCUCACGUGCGCCGCGUGUGGCUGCCACCGUAACUUCCACCGCCGCGACACACAGGAUCAUAACCCCAACCCCAACCCCAACCCCAAUUUCAUAAGCUUCUACCACUCACCCCCGCCGCCACCCCACCGUGGGCCGGGCCCCUCCACGAGCCCAAGCCCAAGCCCGAUGUCGAGCCCAAGCCCACCGCCAAUCUCCCACCAUUUCCCUCCUUCCUCCCACCAUCUCCGAGGCCCCAUCACGGGCUUUAACUUCAACUCUUGGAACCCGAGCGGGAAGAAGAGGUACAGGACCAAGUUCAGCCAAGAGCAGAAGGAGAAGAUGCAAAGCUUCUCCGAGAAAUUGGGGUGGAGAAUGCAGAAAGUGGAUGAAGGAAUGCUGCAAAAUUUCUGCCACGAGAUUGGCGUGUCAAGAGGGGUCUUCAAGGUUUGGAUGCACAACAAUAAGAACUCUUCAAGGAAGAGAUCGUUGGAGCCUCUUGAUAACAAGAUCAACGCAAGUGCUACUGAUAAUAAUAAUAAUAAUCCUUACAACACAAAUGCCUCCAACCAUCACAUUAAUUAAGGUAGUUUUGUUUUUGUUUAUUUUCAUGUUCAUCAUCAUCGUUCAUUUUUUUUUUGUUUUUUGAGGAAGAUGUAAUUGUCUUAAUCUUGAUCCCUGGAGAAACUUAGAAUUGGGAAAGGAGUAGGUAGUUUUUGUUUUGUUUAUUCAUGAUAUCAUAUCUCAGUAAUUUUUGUUUAUUGGUUAUUAUUUUAGCUUUUUGGUAGCUAUUGAAAUGUCGUACCAAAGUAUAUUUUUGUUUAUAAUAACCUCUGAAGUUGGAGCCAUUAAUUCCAUAAAUGUUUCACCCUCUUCUGCUGA